AUGCUCAAAGCAAAAUUAGCAGCAGCUCAGUUUAAGAAAAGAUUUUAAACAAAGGAGCCAAGAGUUGUAGCACUAACUCUAGAAUUACUAGAAAAAGCAAUGCUGACUUGCGGGAAUCCACUUCACAUCCAAAUUGGUACUAAAGAGUUCAUGAAUGUGUUAGUGACAUUGCUAAACCAGAAAAACUUUCCUCCAGUUAUCCAAGAAAGAAUAUUGUCCUUGAUACAGAAAUGGGGUAUGAGAUUUGAAAAAGAUAAGGAUAUAUUACCCCUAUUUUCUGAAGUGUAUAGCGCUUUAAAAGCAAGAAAUGUUCCAUUCCCUCAAUAUGUACCAGAUAGCGUACCUUAGUAACAGCAACCAUAAAAAUCUUAGCAAUAACAAUAGCCCAAGGCAUAGGAAUAAAGAAGGGGCACUGAAGCUCCAAAUCCCUAGAGAUAAAAUUAAUCUUCUUCAUCUUAAAAUGGAAAGGUUUCUUCUAAGUAUCAAAAGCUUUUGGGAGAUAUGAACUUGGUGAAGGGAAAUAUUAAUCUUACCAAUAUGAUGCUAGAUACUGCGAAGCCUUCAGAUGUUUAAUCUGAGGAUAAUCCUAUUAAUGAUUUGGUUAGAGCAUUGAAAGAUAUGGAGCCUAAGCUUUUUGAACUUUUAUCCACAUUAGAUAACGAGGAAAUGAUGAAAGUUUGCUUGCUAGUAAAUGAUGAUUUACACAAGACAUUUUAAAGAUAUGAAAAGUUGAAGAAAGGUAAAAAGCCAGAAGUAUUCUAGCCUGGAGAAAGCUAACAAUAAACAGUUCUUGUUCCAACAACUAUUUAUGAGAAACCAGAAGUUAAGGCCUAAAGAUAAAGAGCUUAAUAAUAGCAACAAUAAUAGCAAUAGUAGCAAUCUAGACCCUAACCAAGUGUUUAAAAUAAUAACGGAGGAGAUUUAUUAGAUAUGUUGGCAGGUGGUUCUUCUUAACCCAUUCAAUAAUAAAAACCAGCGCAAGACUUCUUCACAAAUCAGUAGCCAGUUCCUAUUUAGUAAUUUUAGCAGCCAUAAACAUUCUAAUAACCUCAAUAAAAUUUCUAACAGCCUUUAUAACAAUAACCAGUUUAAAUGCAAAAGGAAGAGAAAAAAGAUAUACUUAGCCAACUUAAUUAAAUCAUGUAAAACAUGACUGAUUUGACUAAUGAUAGCCAAAAAUAACCUUAGCAAUAAUCUGUUCCAAAUGCAAAUUAAUUCGGAACAAAUGUACCAAGUGGAAUGAAUCAAUUUGGAACUAAUAUGCCAAUGGGAGGAGGAUAUAACCAAUACAUGACUGGAAUGGGUGGUAUGGGAAUGUAACCCCCAAUGGGAUAAUUCCCUGGAGCAGGAAUGAAUUAAUUUGGCACAAAUAUGGGAGGAUUCGGUGGAAUGAAUCAUGGUAUGGGUGCAGGCUUCGGAAUGGGAAUGGGUAUGGGUACCAAUAUGCCUAUGAAUUAACCUCCUACAAGCUUCAACAAUGUAUUCGGUACUAGCAUUGCUCCAACCGUCAACCAGAGCGUUCUUGAUUCAUUUAAGAAAGAUGGGUUUAACUUUGGUGGGUAUAAAGCUCCUGAAAAGAAAUAGGAAGAUGAGGGCUCUAAAGAAUUUGCAGACUUGUUUAAUAUAGCUGACAGUAAGAUUAAAGACAGGAAAACAGAGAAACCAUAAUAUGAUUUGAACUAUAAUCCAAUCCAAGUCUAAUACUAACAACAGUAAAAUCUACAAUAGCAACCAUAGCUAUAAUAAUAGCCAUUGAUUUAAUAAUAGCCUAUCUAACAGCAACACCAGCAAUUCUAGCAAUAACCAAUUGGGGGACUUAAUGAUGCUUUUAAUAAUAUGAAUCUAGGAUAGCCACAAGUAAAUGCAUAAGUAUAAUAGUAAAAUCAUAGUAAUGAUCUAUUCGGAAGUGAUUUUGGUAUACCCACUAAUAACAGCUAAUAGCAGUAGUAGCAAUUAUAAAUGAACUAAAAUAAUAAUGAUAUAUUUGGUGCUGGCUUGAUGUAAUCCUAACCAGUUAUCUAGUAGCAGCAAUAACAUCAUUAAUAUGAUAUGGGUGGAAACAUAUUCUUUGGAGGAUCAGGCUAAUAGCAGCAUCAAGAAUAACACAAUCAAUAAGACGAUCUUUUCUCUAAUAAUUUCGACUUCGGUGGAAGCUCAUAAGUCUAAAAUGAUGUGCAUUAGCAGUAACAGCAGCAAAAUUUUUAGCCAGAUGUAAAUGAUUUGUUUAGCUUCUGA